AUGUUUAUUUUUCACUGUAUUUCUAUAAUCAUUUUCAGUUAUUUAUCAUUAAGUAAUGGUACAGUUAUUAAUAAAAUUCAAUAUGGUCGUAUUAUAAAUUCAACAUCUACAUUUCAAUCGAAUUGUUCAACUUGUAUUUGUCAAUGUAUGACAUAUAUGUCAUUAUCAUCAUCGAUAUGUUGUUAUGUCAAUUGUUAUACAACUAAUAAUACUUGUCAAGUAAUUAUUUCUUCAUCAGUAACUUAUCCUGCUAUUACAAUUGAUACAAAAAGUACCAUCUACAAGACUAAUUGUUCUAUUUAUUCAACUACACCUAAACUUCUUGGUGUUGGGUAA